AUGGCACGCGCAGACGACGAGUCUACUAAAAUUUCGUGGAUGACAGCUUCGAUGAAAGAUUUUGAGCACAAGCGACAAGCACUCACAGGCUUUUUAGAACAUGGAGGCAAAACGCUGGCUUGUCUGUAUUUAUGUCAUUUUCUUUGAAUGACAGGCUCUCAAAAGUCUUCAAUGAGAAUUACAUUCAAACAAGUCGCUUCGAGCAGCACUUCCGGAACUGAACUCAGGAGGGAGAGUCCCGCGGCAACUAUGAAGAAAGCAUGCCGACACCACUUCUGGAACACGCUGGUGGAUCGCCGCAGCCUCGGGUUCGGCUCGGCGCUGGGCGACCAGGACCUGGUAGCCCGCAACCUGUACCUCUCUCUGCAGCCCUCGUGGGAGACGUUACGUCGUUCUCAGCACGGAGGAAUAUUUAACCUCUCCUUCUCACCAGACGGGUCCAUACUAGUGGCGGCCACAGAGGGAAAGAGCAUCCUGCUCUUUGACCCCUUAUGCCACAGACUUGUACAAAAGGUCGAGAAUGCUCACGGUGACUGCGUCAACUAUGCAAGGUUUCUGGACUCACGAACGUUUGCGACUUGCUCGGACGACACAACGGUUGCGUUGUGGGACAUCCGGUACCUGCAGCGGAAGAUUCGCUCCCUGCUGGGACAUUCCAACUGGGUUAAGAACAUUGAAUACGCGUCGGACGUCGGGCUGCUCGUGACGUCUGGCUUUGACGGCAGCAUUUACACGUGGAACAUCAAUGAGUUUUCCGAAUCGGGGGCCGAGUUCCAACGCAUCUUUCAUACCAACAAGCUGAUGAGGAUGAGGCUGACGCCUGACAGCCGUAAGAUGGUGAUUUGUACCACAGGAGGGUACAUCAUGGUUAUUCACGACCUGGAUUUGCACAACCUCUCCCACGACCUCCAGGGCUUCAAGCCCAACAUGUAUGACCCUGUAAUGCUGCUUGGUGCAAAUCCUGACCCAGGUUGUGUGCACAACCACGCCUAUGCGACGAAACGCAACCGCGUCGAACUCAUCACCGAUUUUCCUCGUGGGAAUGACGCGGAGGUGAUAUCUUCGCUUCAGGUGCAUCCGCAGGGCUGGUGCGUGCUUUCCCGAAACACGAGCAGCGACGAAAACUCGGAGUGGACAUGCGUGCACGACAUCCAGGAACCCCCCCUCGACACGCUGCGUUGCGUCCAAGACACCCCGGAGUCGGCGGACCUCCGUCCCCUGCGGCCCCUGGUCCAGUUCUGGCUCCACCCGCCGCAGGACCACCACCCCCUCUUUCCGAUCCGCGAGCACAUCGACGACGACGACGAGAUCCCGGAGACGCGCGUCCUGCACGUCUCCGGCGGCUCGCGCCACGAAAACCCCACCGUCACCGAGGGCACGAUCGAGGAGGCCACCGCGUUCCUGGCGGGGCGCGCGAGCCUGUCCGCGCACGUCUCCGCGCGGCCGCGCCGCCCUCGGCUCCUGCACUACGCCCGGGAGCCCAACGUGGGGCGGGGCUGGAUCAAGGAACUGUGCUUCAGCACCGACGGGCGCCUGGUGUGUUCGCCCCACGCGUACGGCGUGAGACUCCUAGCGUUUAACAGCCAGUGCCGCGAACUGAGCGACUGCCUGCCCCAGUCGCCCCAGCCGCUCGUGCAGCUCUUGACGAACGUGAGCCACGCAAACUUUGUGGUCAGCACAAAGUUCUCGCCCACCCACUGCCUCCUGGCGUCGGGCUGCCUCAACGGGAAAGUAUGCUUUCAUCAGCCCGUGCUCUGACGGGAUUUCAUGGACGCGGGGGAAUGUAUAAACGAGAGACGGCAUUGCGACGGCCGUUAAAAAAAAAAAAAAAGAAAAGGAGGGUAACGCGAGACUUCGGGAGAUCCGGCGGGUUGCUGCCGCUUCUCGGCACACUUUUGAGACGCGUCUGUUGGCCACGGACGGUAGCACGUUUACGCGAUUAAACUGCUGGGUUGUGUUUGCUUUGUACAAUGUUCGAGGGAAACUCUGGGCAAGAAAAGUGUUUGACUGGCUGCCAGCCAUCUAAUGGGUUGCUCAGAUCGAUUCAGUAGGUAUGAAAACUUGCUACGUCAAUCCAUACGAUCGUGUGAUAGAUUAUGCAUUGAGGAGUAAAAAUGGACAAUAAAAAUAAUUUCACGUUCUCA